CGUUUAGUAUAACCUAUUCGUGCGUUAUUAAUUAUAAAUAUAAGGGUGGCAUAUUUGUUGUCUUCCCCACAAACAGUGGAAAAAGUACCUUUUUUAAUGGUACUAAAGGUAUCCCACCCUUAAUACACUUGCGUCUGUUAAUUGUAGUUGUGGCAACGCUGUGAAAUGUGGCAUAUCGGUUAAUCAUUCGAUGGUUCUUCUUAGUAGGCAAGCCUAGCAAGAAAGGCGGGCUUAAAGCUAAUCUUGGCACGCCUUAAGGUUAAAAUUAGAGCCCAACAUUGAAGCAUUGGACGGGGCCCAACAGCAACUCAUUAUGCUUCAUGCAGCUCUGAUUAAAAAUAUUGGGUGUGCCUCGAGACACGCCAGCCUUGGACAUAUUUAAUGUGGGCUGAAAGGUCUGAGAGUUAUGCAAAUUGGGUCCUGUCCAUUCAACGCGAAACACAUUAUUCAAAUUAUGCGCAAUCGCUGCGUAGACAACGCUGCGUGCUCAGAUACUUAUGGCGGCAGAGACAAGUUAUGGAUGAAACACACUGCCUCGCCUGCAGGUAUACUCAUUAGUCGGCAUUGAAUUUGAUUGAAUGCGGGCCUGCUCUUGCACUUUAGCGAUCAGCAAAAGACAUCGGCAAAGUUGCCCUUGAGUAAAAUGACAGUUUAGUGGAAGUGCCUACGCACCCUUAAUGUUUCGAUUAAUAAACUUCUCUCACGAUCCUGAGAAACUCCAUAAAUCGCUCUCGUGUAUCAAGUAAAUUAUCAGUAUGUCCAAGAGGGUGAGCAUCAUGUUUCCGGAGGAAAUGCCUGCGGCUCCAUCGGGCAACAGCAGACACCCGAUGUCCAACCGCACUGUAAAGAGCUCCAUCAAGAACGGCUUCGGCGUUCGGAAGGAACUUGAACCGCCCGUGUUUGUAGUCGUCAGUCCUCAUGGUAGUCGGAGCUCGAUGACCUCCAGACAGCAGGAGAGUACGCGGACGUAUAGCCGCAGUUCCUUCAGCCAACCAGUCGAGUGGGGUUUCGAAGAAAGCGCAGCAGCCCCGAAAAGCAGCGACAUGGUUCAAAGUGGCUCGGCAAACUCCCAGCAGUCACCCAAUGUCGAAUCGACCACCACCUCGAUCAAGGAGUUCCUCAGGAGCACAGUUGCUCUUGUCAAAGCGGGCGAGUCUUUCACGUCUGUGAAGCGGCUUUUCCAUAAGUUCAUCAAAAGCAACGGCUCUAUCUCGAUCCCCAAGCCAUCGCUGGUACUCGCUGAUUCCUCAUCCUCUCAGGUCGUAAGUGGGGAAAAUCCCUACCUUAGCAAAUCAAACGACACGCUUCUAAGCGACAUGCCGAUCCAGUUUACCGGGCCCAGCUCCUCGCAAAUGACACCGACCAUUCACCAUUCCAACUACUCCUUCAAAAACGAAAGUUACGACAUCACAAGCCUCCUCUCCGACAUCACCCCGCUGACGGGCUACUCGCCCAGGACCACCUUGGCCAGCACUGAAGCUGGAUACCCAACCAAUGCUUUGGCACACAGUGCGUUGCAAGGCGUGCGGUCUGAGCCACCUUUGGAAGGCGCAACGCCCGGCAGUCACUCGAAGUCGAGGAGUCCCAGUCCUCUCAAAUUCAAGACAAUGCCUUCUCAAAUUAAGUUUGCGGGCUCCCCAAGGCGCUACCUCACGAAAACCCGCUCAAGCAGUAGAUCUCUUCGCACGAAAAUGAGGGCUUCCCCCGUUAGUUCACCCAGAAUGUCGCCUAACUUGUCACCCCAAAUCGAGCAGGCCGGGCCUGCAGUACAAGCCAUUUUUGCCUUGGUAAGUUCUUCCGGGCCCAACUCCGAGGGAUCGCGGCUAUCGAGCCAGUCGAGACGGAGAAGCAUCCGAAGGCCAUCGCCGAACGUGACGGGCUCCGCCAGCUCUGGCUCGAGGCCGGACCUAGCCAACUCGACCAAGUCAAUAUCCGGUACCGAACACUUCCCCGGAAAAAGGAGUUCGCGCCGCAGCUCUCCCAGAAGCUCCGGCAGAGGCUUCCGAAACAGCACUUCGCAGCGAGAGAGGAGCAAGAUGGCCGUCUCCAGGGAGGAGGGAGCCUUCGCUCUGGUGAGUCCCGAGGAGGUGAGGACCAGCGAGCUAGCAGAGGGCUGCGGCGGGGACGUCGAGGAGGCCUCGACCAGCUGCCGGACGUACCAGGAGCAGUGCAACUGCCACCACUGCCAGGACAUGCGUCGCGCGGUCAGGAGGGCCGACUUCUUCCAGUCGCCCGAGGGUCAGAGGCGACUAGAAGCCAAGCUGCUGGCCAAGAAUUUCUUUAUGGACCUCUGCGCCCUGGCGGCGGUGCGCCGUCAAAUUGUUGCCGAGAUGCACGGGGCGCGCCGGCAUCCUUCCUCGCGGGUCAGUUUCCCAGUGAGCAUCUACGGAGCAGCGCGCCUGGACGGGGGCUCGCUGUCGCUGCAGUGGCUUACCCACGAUCUGGACAGCGUGGACCACUUUGACAUAUUUGUGGACGAUGUGCCCAGCCGGAGUGUUUACAACCGGCUAGCGACCUGCACCGUGCUCGUCGACGUGGACGCCGCCGAGACGCACAGGCUGCGUAUGCGGGCGGUGCCGGAGCGGGGGACCGGUGGUCUGGACUCCUCGGUGGAAAAGUUCAUGUCUGAGGUGGCCGCCGGACACAUGCGGCAUGUGAGGCAGGGCCAGCUGUUCGCCAGGUGUUUCGAGCACUUGGACGCCCUGCCGCAGCAGCGAACGGUCGUGGAUUUCUGGAGGGACAGCGAGUUUCUGUACAUGCCCCCUCGCGACUCCUCUCCUUCUACGGAGGGUCGCUGACUGGCCAAAAAAAAACUGAUUUCUGGCUGGUAGUGGGUGUGAGGCGCAGCAGGCCUCCUCGUCCGGAACAAGUGGCCUGGGCGGCAACCUCUACCUGUACUCCGGCCUGGAGGGCCCAUCAGAAAGCGAGGUGCGCAGACAAUUUAGCUGCCGCCGUUACUAAAAAUGUAAUUUAGUCUGGGCCCUCGUCAGCUUUCAGCGUCCUGCGAUUAUCGCUGGCCCGCAUACAGCUGUCCUGCAUUUUACUUCGUGUGCACUUGUACUGACUUAGGAGCUUCACGCAUGCUGAAUUAUUUGGGAAUGCCUCGCUCCCUGCUCGGCUGGCAUGGCUAUUGAAAUGGGUGAAAAUCAGAAAAAUAUAUGCGCACUCGCACUUUAAUGGGAAGGAAGAGGGGCAGUGGAAAGCCAA